UCAGCUUCAGGAGGAAUAUAUUUGAGUGGGAUUCCCCUCUCCAUGCUCUGACCCACCCCUGGCGUUGGGCUUCAUUUGUCGGGAGAAAUUAGCCAACAGCUGCAUGAAGCACAGGCCGAUGUUUCUCACUAAAUUAGGGUCUGGCGUGAAGUUCUGAGUGAACGGCACGAGGUGUGAGCACCAGGACAGCGUGUGGGUGGAGCCAGCAGAUCAGACAGCCCUACACCGACCAACCCCGAGGCUACCAGGACGAUGGCGAGCAACAACACCGCUAGCAUCGCCCAGGCCAGGAAACUGGUGGAGCAGCUGAAGAUGGAGGCCAACAUCGACAGGAUAAAGGUGUCGAAAGCGGCGGCGGACCUGCUGUCCUACUGCGAAGCGCACGCCAAAGAGGACCCCCUGCUGUCGCCGGUGCCCGCGUCGGAGAACCCCUUCAGGGAGAAGAAGUUUUUCUGCGCCAUUCUGUAAAAAAAAAUAAUAAUAAUUUGAAACAGAAAAAGACCGGCAUUGGCUGCUCUGCAGUCCGCCUGAUGUGUGUUUUGAACGGGAGAUCGUUCUAAGAUUACGUAGAUUUAUUCUAGCGCGGUGGCGAGGCGACCACCAGCCCCGCCCCCCCCCCACCCCUCUUUUGUCGAAACGGCACCAAGCAAAGUGCAAUUUUCAAUACGCCAGAGUGUAUAACGUGUAGCUUUUAAAGGGGUAGUGAGGGCUUUUAAAGGGGUGUGCCGCAUGUUAAAGGGGUCUGUGUUUCCUUUAGACAACACAAGGGGGGGAUGGAGGAGGACGAUGAUGAUGAUGACUCUGAUACGUCAGACAGGUGAAGCGGCCAGCCGUCUGGUUGGGAAUUGUACAGAAAAAAAAAGGAAAAGACGCAAAUCUAAAGUAAAAAAAUAAAUAAUAAGAAUAACGUAAAAAUAUUAACUAUUAUUUUUGUGGCGCUCUUGGAGCCCCCAACAUGUUGUGCGAUAGUGUUGGUGGGUUGAUAGCUCUACCCUAGGACACAUUAACGUCUCUACAGCGAGACUCCACUUAUUGGAAUGCUAUUUUUUACGUUACAUAUUGGAAGUGGUUUUUCGAUCUGUACCCUGCACAGCUUUCUAUAACCAUCUGUGAUAACAGAAAACUGCUCCGUUCAUUUUCUUCUUCUUCCUCCUCCUCCUCAUCAUCUUCUUCUUUUUAGUUGUAUGCUUUUUUUUACUAAACCAAACGAUUCGUGAAUAUGUUUUGUUUUUUUAAUGGUUUGGAAGUUUGAAACGUUGAAAUCUGUGAUACUCUUUGCAAACUCCUUUCUGACAGGCCAGUCUGGACUUAUCUCCUAUCCGGCCAAUGUGAUAUAGUUUGUCUUCUUCCCAGGCAGAACUUUCUACUGUUUGUAUAAAACAAGACAAAAACGACUAGCAAGUAAACUGUGCUGUGAUGUGAAA